GGCCCGGAAGCUUAGGGAAGGAGGAGGGUCGUUGGCGCUGCUGCCGGCCAUGGUCACCACCUUGACCCGCCUGCCAGUGGAGGCGGAGAGGACGCUGAUCGCGAGCAGCGCUUGCAACGACCUGGAGGAGCGCAGCUCGCCCGGGGGGGACGAGGCAGACGAGGAUGACACGCUGCGCAGGUGGCGCCACGAGGCCCUGCACCGCCCCAGGAACGGAAGGCCCAGCACGUCAGGAAUGCAGUGGGUGCAAGCGCUGAAGGGGUACCUGGGGGCCGAGGAGGCGGCGUACUCAGAGGAGGCAGCGGAGCGCGAGGUGCAGCACCACCUGCGGCACCUGCUGGAGCAGCGCAGCCAGCCCCAGGAGAGCACCAGUGCGCCACCAGAUGGCAUUCCCCCCUUCUUCCGAGCGCGGCCGGAGGAGGCGUCGCUGGCGGGGCAGGUGGCGCGGCUGGCGCGCACUCGAUUCCUGCGCAAGCAGCAUGACGCGCUGCUGGACCCCGAGGAGCUGAGCAUCGUGUGGGGCUGCCUCAAGGAGAGCAUCUCCGGGCCGGACGACGACCCCGCCAAAGACAGGAUCAACUACGACGAUUUCUGCCAAGUCGGGGAGAGGAGCGUCGAGCAGAUUGGCCCCAAAGUGAGGCCAUUCUUUGCCCCGUCGGUAUUCCUGACCUUCGAGGCGGACCAGUACGGGCGCAUUGGCAUCUACCCCUUCUACCUGUACAUGAUGCGCAUGACCUCCCUCACCCAGGCGCGGAUUGACAUGUGUGUGUUUGAUGAGGACGGCGACGGCUACCUGAAGCACACGGAGCUGGAGGCCUACAUUGGGCAACUCAUCCCCAGCCUGCCGCAGCUGGGCAGCUCGGACCUGGCCCCGGGGGGCUCGUUUGUGAACAUGUACAAGAAGAUCGCGGCGCGCAAGUUCUUCUUCUUCAUCGACGGCGCGCGGCGCAGCAAGCUGCUGAUCCGCGACGUGCUGCUGCACCCAGUGCUGUCGGAGCUGAUGGAGCUGCGCCAGGACGAGCCCGACGAGGUGGCACCCGCCAACUGGUUCCUGCCCGACAACGCGCGCCGCGUGUACACGCUCUUCAUGAAGCUCGACCGCGACCGCAACGGCACCCUCUCCAAGGCCGAGCUGGCGGCCUGGAAUGACGGGGGCCUCACGCCCAUCUUCGUGGACAGAGUGUUUGACGAGGCCGUGCGGCGGUCGCGGCUGGGGCGGGGCCACCCGCGCGAGAUGGACGUGGCGAGCUUCGUGGACUUCGUGCUGGCCAUGGACUACAAGAACACGCCCGAGGCGCUCGCGUACCUCUUCCGCUGCCUCGACCUGCGCGGCGAGGGCGCGCUCACCGCCGCCGACGUCUACACCCUUUUCAAGGCGGUGCACGAGAAGUGGAUGGCGGCGGACAACUACGAGCUGGUGAUCCAGGACGUGGUGGACGAGGUGUGGGACAUGGUCAAGCCUUCGCACCCCGCGCGCAUCACGCUGCGCGACCUCGUCGCGUGCAAGCAGGGCGACACCGUCGUGUCCAUGCUCACCGACGUGCGCGGCUUCUGGCAGCACGACAACCGGGAGACGCUCGCGCAGCAGCAGGACGACGACGAUGCAGGCCAGUUCUGACGCAGCCCCAGUGUUGGGGAGCGCGGGGCUGAAAGGCGGCACGGCCGGGGGGCCGAGCCGCUCCACGCGUUGAUCAACUGCGGGGCGAGCGUCUCGUCAGAUUGGGCAUGGGGAGACAGUGCAGGACACUGCGGAGGAAGCUUGUACUUUAGGUAGGCCUAUUUAUCAAAUCGAGAGUUGUCAUACUGAUCACCACUGGUACAGGUACAUGUACUAAUACCGUCGCUUAUGUUUGACGGAGGGAGGCAGAGCCGAUGAAUCUAGCGUUACGGUAUGUGUGUCUUGUGUGUUCAAGUUGCCGUUUUCGUUGGUGCUUACAUUCAGUACGAUCAAGAGCCUUCUCCUAGUAAAGUCCUACUAGGUUGGUGUUGUAACUCUAGAGGCUAACAGCACUUUCAAUUGAUCCUUCUAUAACGAUUCACGAUAUCCAGUCAAUGAUCGUUUCGUGAGACGUUUGUGCAGCCACUUGCUUUGGGAUCUGUUCAGAUCGGAUGCCCUUGAGGUUCUCGUGCAAGCACGGAAGAUUGCCCUGCA